ACAACUUCCAACUUUUCCUUCUCCUUUACAAAAAAAAAAUUAAAUCAAGCAACGCAGUUAACAAAACAAUUAUUCGCAUUGUUGGGCAACAAUCUGUAAAGGCGCUGCAUACUGUGCCCUAUGUUGUUGCGCCACACUAUCAAGACCAUCGAAGUCGUGUUGAAUUAGAACGAAGAAUUUGUCCUAAUUGAUGCCCGCCUUCGGUGCACGUGAUCAUUCGAUAAAUCACAUUACUUUGUCCUCAUCAUAUACCGAGUCUCGCCAGUCUUUCAUUCAAGGGUACCGACAAUAUGUCAACUGAGAAAAUGACAAUGGAGGAUCUCUUUGUGAUUGGUGGAUUACAUUCCGCCACUGAAUACCAGUUUGACGAGGAGCAGGCCGACGCCAUUGUUCGAGCCACCGCCUACCAUCGAGAAGACUUCUUUCGCUCUGCGAUACAUAUCCCGAGUUACAUAUUAGAAAAUGCUGAGUCAAUAGCCACAUCAUUCCCACGGAUGUCUUACACGGGACUCGGCUCCCUCAAUCGAAUACCUCUUGAGCUCUUGCAAGAUGUGUUGUUACGCCUGGACAUGCGUUCUCUAGCCCGAUUUCGACAAACAAAUUUGAGAUCAAGACAGACAGUGGACUCUCUUAGGGAAUAUCAGGUUGUGACCUCCCAUGGCAUGAACCUUAUCUGCGCCUUGGGGCGAACCGGGUAUGCCCCCUUUGUUUCUCUAUCUGAAUGCUACUACGCACUAUGCACCAAGGAGUGUGUUUCUUGCGGCGAAUUUAGCGGAUUUAUAUCCUUCUUAAACUGGCAUCGAUGCUGUUUUAAAUGCCUGAAGGUGGCUCCGGAAGCCCAAGUGAAAACUUUAGCCGCUAUCCGGAAACAGUUCGGCAUGACCAAGGGCAGAUCAAGGCAACUGAGGUCGUUCAGAACGUUGCCUGGAAUCUACUCGAUGGAGGAGUCCGUAUACGAAACCCGUGUUAGGAUCGCGUCUGUUUACCAGGCCAUGCUAAUUACUGGACGAAUGUCGGAUGCACCACCGCCGCCCAAUCCGGUACGAGAUCAAAAAUUCAAUUUCAUGGGGGCGUGCGAGCUCCCUUAUUAUGAUAAACGAACCGGCAAAGCUGAGCGAGGAUUAUCGUGUGCCGGAUGUCAGCUCGCUCUCGAGGAAGGCCUCUUCGGCACCUCAAUUGGAAAUUGGGUAUCCGAGGUUCGCGAUAAGUUAUAUUUACGGCGCGAGUUUCUAGAACAUUUUCGGCGGUGUAAACAGGCACAGCGCCUGUGGAUAUCCAGUGGUGAAGGUGCCCGCCGGGCACCCGAAUUACCGGACUUUGCUUUGAUGGGAGGCAGCUGCAAGGCUUUGCGUGCGUGAUGAUGAGAGGAAACUGCAAGAUAUGCUAACAUGGAUGGGGAAACGACUUCAAUGCAUUACAACUAGGCUGUCUACAUAGCUACAUAAACUAGAGCGAUGAAUUAUCACAAUGGCGACUGAUUAUCCUACUGA